GGAUCUGAUUGGCUGAGCGGGAAGAGGUCGGAGGUCAGAAUUCACUCGUCUGCUUUCAAGAUGGCGGCGACGCGCGCCUCCUCCCGGCGGGUGUUCGAGCUCUUCGUGUCCCGGAUCCACUGGACUCUGGCCACCAAGGAACUCAGAGACUAUUUUGCUCAGUUUGGGACUGUAAGAAGAUGCAUGUUGCCAUUUGAUAAAGAAACAGGAUUUCACAAAGGCUAUUGCUGGGUUGGAUUCUCUUCAGAAGAAGGCCUUCGCAAUGCAUUACAGAAGGAAUCUCACAUCCUCGAUGGCAUCAAGCUCCAGGUUCGACAGCAGAAACCCAGAAGUUUUCGAAGCCAGUACACAAAUGAAGGAGAAACUGACAUGAGUUAGCAGCAGGAGACUUUAUUUCACCAACAUGUAAAGAAAGUCUAAAAUAAAGAUUACUGAGGGGAAGUGUGAGAGUCUUUGACUUUAAAACAGAAUCCAGCUGUUUCCCCUUGCUGUGGCUGUAUAGUUUAUAUUUGAGCUGGGAGGGGAACAGUGAAUCAUAAGAACUCUAUCCUACAAGCUCCCUCAAAUUCCACUUAUUACAGCAUAAGCAGGGGGUUAGCUAUAUACACAAGGAGAACUAUCAUAUUAAGUAAAAGCUUUGCUAGUUU